GCGGGGCUGGCGGGGAGGCUGGGGAAGGCAGGCAGCGGGGCUCGGCUCGGCUCGGCUCCCGCUCCGCCCCGCUUCCCCUCCUCCCGUCCGCCCCGCCGGCUCCGCCCCGGAGGCCGGCACGCUGGCUCGCUCCGUGCCUGGGAACAUGGCCGAAGUCGGGGAGGACAGCAGCGGGGCGCGGGCUCUGCUGGCGCUGCGCUCGGCGCCCUGCAGCCCCGCCGCGGCGCCCCCUCCCGGGCCGCCGCCGCCCCCGGCCGGGCCGCCCGCUGCUGCCGCUGCUGCCUCCGCCGCCUCCUCCUCCUCCUCCUCCGCCACCACCACCUCCUCCUCCGGGCCGGUGCUGGCUCGGCUGCAGGGCCGCGAGUUCGAGUUCCUCAUGCGGCAGCCGGCCGUCACCAUAGGCCGCAACUCGUCGCAGGGCUCGGUGGACGUCAACAUGGGGCACUCCAGCUUCAUCUCCCGGCGGCACCUGCAGCUCAGCUUCCAGGAGCCGCACUUCUACCUGCGCUGCCUCGGCAAGAACGGCGUCUUCGUGGACGGAGCCUUCCAGCGCCGCGGCGGCCCGGCCCUGCUGCUCCCGCCGCAGUGUACUUUUCGAUUCCCUAGCACGGUUAUAAAGAUCCAGUUCACAUCUUUGUACCAUAAAGAGGAAGUAAAAGAAGAAGCCUCAUCGCCUCCCCUUCGGCCACUUUACCCUCAAAUAUCGCCUCUGAAGAUCCACAUCCCGGAGCCGGAUCUCCGGAGUGUGGUCAGUCCCCUCCCGUCCCCCACAGGCACUAUCAGUGUUCCCAACUCUUGCCCAGCCAGUCCACGUGGUGCUGGAUCCUCAGGAUAUCGUUUUGUUCACAACAUUACCUCGGAUCUGCAGCUGGCAGCAGAGUAUGCUGCAAAAGCAGCAUCAGAACAGCAGGCAGAUGCAUCUGGCGGGGACAGCCCAAAGGACGAGUCCAAGCCACCCUACUCUUACGCUCAGCUAAUUGUGCAGGCUAUCUCUUCAGCACAGGACAGGCAAUUAACACUAAGUGGGAUCUAUGCCCACAUUACCAAGCAUUAUCCAUAUUACAGAACUGCUGACAAAGGCUGGCAGAAUUCCAUUCGGCACAACCUCUCCUUGAACCGUUACUUUAUUAAAGUCCCACGCUCCCAGGAGGAGCCUGGAAAGGGCUCCUUUUGGCGAAUUGACCCUGCCUCUGAAGCCAAACUAGUAGAGCAAGCAUUUAGAAAACGAAGGCAAAGAGGAGUGUCCUGCUUCCGAACACCUUUUGGGCCUCUCUCCUCCAGGAGCGCUCCUGCCUCCCCUACUCACCCUGGCCUGCUGUCCCCUCACUCUAGUGGCCUACAGACUCCAGAGUGCCUGUCACGGGAGGGCUCACCCAUUCCACAUGAUCACGACUUUGGGUCAAAGUUAGCCUCAGUUCCAGAGUAUCGGUAUUCACAAAGUGCACCUGGAUCUCCAGUCAGUGCCCAGCCGGUGAUUAUGGCUGUUCCUCCCCGGCCAUCGACUCUGGUGGCAAAACCAGUUGCGUACAUGCCCGCAUCAAUAGUGACUUCUCAGCAGCCUUCGUGUCAUGCAAUUCACGUAGUGCAACAAGCUCCCACUGUUACAAUGGUCCGAGUUGUGACCUCCUCUGCAAACUCUGCAAAUGGAUACAUCCUCACGAAUCAGGGCACAGCAGGAGGAGCUCACGAAGCUGCAGGAGCAGUGUUGGACUUAGCUGGUGACCACCGAGCAGGCAUGGAUGAAAAGCCAACAAUCGCAUUUGCCACAAUACCCACAGCCAGCCGUGUUAUUCAGACAGUUGCCAGUCAAAUGGCACAGGGUGUUCCAGGACAGACGGUCACGAUCCUUCAGCAGGCAGCUCCAGUGGCCAUCGGGCAGCAUCAACUCCCCGUGCGGGCAGUCACCCAGAAUGGGAAACACGCUGUCCCCACCAACAGCAUCACAGGCAGUGCUUACGCUCUUACAAAUCCAUUGCAGCUUCUUGCAGCCCAGGCCAGCUCGUCCACUCCUGUUGUAGUCAGCCGGGUAUGUGAGACAGGGACCGAAGAGACAGCAGCAGCCUCCAGAAGUCAAGACAGCAGUGAACCCGAAGUCAAAAGACCCCGGAUAGAAGAGUCCAGUGGAGCAGUCCCAGCCCAAACUGGAGUCAUCACGUCUACAGUUCCACAAGGACAGGCAACCAGUGAAUGAAGAACCGGUGGGAGGAGCUGGAGUGGUGCGGGGUGGGCAUGGGAUGGCAGCAGCCCCUAAAGCAGCUUUCAGAGAAAACAAACCACAACUGUAACAGCUCGAAACAUAGCAAAUAAAGAGCUUUUUAAAGUCAGAUUUUUAUAAAUGGGAGGCCAACAGUUGUUAGAAUCACAAGGUGCCAAAAAGAAAAGAAUGGAAAUCCCCUCCCAAGAACCCAUACCUGGAACUCUGUUCUGUCUUUACAUAAGGGAUACUUCUCCUUUUUUCUUCUUUUUUUUUUUUUUAAAAGAUUCAAAAAAAUACAGACAACUGAUUGUAUGACUGCUGGGAUUUUUUUAAACUGUCUUUUCCCCUUUUGGCUCCAAGGGGAUGGUAUUUGCAGUUCAGCAUCUAGAGGAAUGUAACACAAAUACAGUCUGCUCCCUGGAAAGAAAACUCCUCAUUUUCUAUGCCUUAAAACUGCGCUUCUCAGAGAUUUGAAACAGAGGACCAUUUUUAAAAGGCCAGCUAAGGCAAUCAAAUUCUGAAAGAUGGGUGCAGUAUCUCACAAUAACAGCAUUAAAGAAACAUGGUACCAAGCUUAAAGAAAAAGGCAAAUGAUUUUUUUUUUCUAAAAACGGAAAAAUUCUGAGUAUGAAUGAAUGUUUAUUUAUGUGGGGAUUCAGGAGGAAGAGUUAAAGGGCUCAACCACCUGGAUUUCCAGAUGCAAUUUCUCUCCAUUCCCUCUGAGGGAGAAUAAGAUGACAGAGGAACUGUGUUAAUUUGGUUCCUGUAAAGAUAUUAAAGGGUUUUGUACCUUCA